AUGACUCAGUUCAUUGAAUUGAAGUCACCUAGUUUUAAUUUAAGUGAAAAACAAAAUGUUACCCCCAAUUCACAAUCAAAACUUUGUGUUUGUUGUCUAUCAGGAGAUGUGCUACUUAUAAAACUCGAUAGCUGUAAACAUGCUGGUUUUUUAUUUACUUUGUUUGAGAAUAAGGUGGAUCUUACAAGUGCAUUUGUUUGCUACCUGUGUCACAAUAUUAUAAGAAAAAUAGACAGUUUUAAAUGCCAGGUUGAAGAAAGUUGUGCUGUUUUAAGAGGAAAUGUCAAUCAACCAAAAACUUGGAAAUAUAAAUUGAAAAAUUCUAAAACAGAGAUAAAUUCCACAAUCAACUGUCAACCAAUAGAAUUUGAGUAUAAGGAAAAUUUUGUCUCAUCGGAUACUGUUUUAGAGCAUGUCAUUACGGAAAUAAAAGUGGAACAUGACAGUGACUUCGACUGUGACGCUGAUCUGCCUUUGGCCCAAAUAAAAGAGGUAAAAGAGCUCAGGAAUACGAACGAAAAUCGAAAUAAGAAGCAGAAGGUUAAAGUGAAGAAAAGAUCCUUGAUACACGAGAAAUAUGAGGGAAAGAUUAAAACUAUUACAAUAAGUUGGGAGGAAAUGAUGGAGGAACGGAAGAGGGAUGCUCUGAGGAAAUCUUACUUAAACUUGCCGUUUAAAUGCGAGAAUUGUAUAGUUGGUUUUGACCAUGAAAAGACCCUGAAAGUGCAUAUUGAACAAAGACAUAGUGAUAAGAAAGGAGCUUUUGUAUGUGAUGUGUGCAAAUCAGUAUUAAGCACAGAAACAUCUUACAAGGAACACAGGAAACGGCAUCUGAGACGAUACGAGUGUGAGGUGUGCGGAAAACGAAACAACAAUGUUUAUUCCGUAGUGAAACACUACAAGGAAGAGCAUGGCACCAUCAACACUUUGUUCACUUGCAAGGAUUGCGGCUUCACUACCGAAUCUCACCGAGGCUACCGUUACCAUCGCGAUAAGCACAAGGGAAAAGUGGAAUGCACAGAGUGUGGUAACACUUUUGUACAUGCAACAGGACUUCGGGUGCAUAUGUUUACGGUCCACGGCCAAUCGGAUCGCGUAUACUCGUGCGAAGAAUGCGGCAAACGAUACCGAUCCAAGUCAAGUCUCGCCACACACCGCUCGGUGCACAACACGAGCGCGUCGCCGGAGACCUUCUGCGCCCUCUGCAACACGCAGUUUCGGUCGCCGUUGGGCCUUAAACACCACUUGAAGACCCACUCCAAGCACAUACGGGAUUCCGAUAAGAGUCUGGACCUUAUUAAGUGUUUGAAAAUAACAAACAUGGCAACCAUUGCAGCUAAAGAUUAA